CAUAAUUUAUAACUAAAUAUCUACUGGGCCUGAAAAAAGUCACAAGAUUUGCAAUCACAAGAUUUAACAAGCACAAUAUUUCGUUUAAUUAUUCAUCAAUUUGCAUUAAAAAGAUCCCAAAAUGGCUCUAAGUGACGCAGAUGUUCAAAAACAAAUAAAACAUAUGAUGGCUUUUAUUGAACAAGAAGCCAAUGAAAAAGCAGAAGAAAUCGAUGCUAAAGCUGAAGAGGAGUUCAAUAUAGAAAAGGGAAGGCUUGUUCAGCAGCAGCGUUUAAAAAUAAUGGAGCACUAUGAAAAAAAAGAGAAACAGGUUGAAUUACAGAAGAAAAUUCAAUCUUCCAACAUGUUGAAUCAAGCCAGACUAAAGGUACUAAAAGUACGCGAAGACCAUGUUCGAAGUGUUUUGGAUGAAACAAGACGUCGUUUAGGAGAAAUUACAAAGGACCCUACACAGUAUGCUGUAAUUCUAGAAUCAUUAAUUACGCAAGGACUUUUGCAACUUAUGGAGACCAAUGUCAUAGUUCGCACUCGACAACAAGAUGUAAACAUUGUUGAAAGUUUAUUAUCGAAAUCGAUUGAAAACUACAAGCAACAAUCCAAGAAAGACUGUUCAGUUUUUGUAGAUAAGGAAACUUAUUUGUCGAGCGACACAACAGGAGGAGUCGAAAUUCUUUCUCAGUCAGGCCGCAUUAAGGUGGUUAACACACUUGAAUCGCGUUUAGCAUUAAUUUCGCAACAGCUUAUUCCGGAAAUUCGUACAGCUUUAUUUGGAAGAAAUGUAAAUCGUAAAUUCACAGAUUAAUUUGUUUAUUGAUUGAUUGCAGUGGUUCAUUGAUGUGGUUAAUUGUUGUUCAAAUGUUCUAUAUGUGCAUAAUUCAAAUUCACAAAGAAAUUGAAGAAAUUGCUAAGCAGCAUCAAUUUACUUUGAAUCACCAAAUUUAAUAAAUAAAAUUUUUGCUGGUUUAAAGUAAUGAAAAAAUUUAGCAUGGAUCAAUUGUGAAUUGAAUUCAUUUUAUUUUAUGAAAUAAUAAAAAUUUAAAGAAGUUUUUGUAAAAUUACUUAUAGUAAAAAAAAAAUUGUAAAAAACUUUAUUGGAAU